CGUAGCGCGCGCCGCCGCCGCGGGAGCAGCGGGGCCGGGGCCGGGGCCGGACGGGACGGGACGGGAGCGGAGCCGAGCCGAGCCGAGCCGGGAGCGGAGCCGGAGCCGGGGCCGGGAGCGGAGCCAUGAGCGACAUCCGGCACUCGCUGCUGCGGCGCGACGCGCUGAGCGCCGCCAAGGAGGUGCUGUACCACCUGGACAUCUACUUCAGCAGCCAGCUGCAGAGCGCGCCGCUGCCGCUCGUCGACAAGGGCCCCACCGAGCUCCUGGAGGAGUUCCUCUUCCAGGUCCCCAAGGAGCGCGGCGCCCCGCCCAAGAGACUGAAUUCCCUCCAGGAGCUUCAGCUCCUCGAGAUCAUGUGCAAUUACUUCCAAGAGCAAACCAAGGACUCGGUCCGGCAGAUCAUCUUCUCGUCUCUCUUCAGCCCUCAAGGAAACAAAGCAGAUGACAGCAGGAUGGCUUUGCUGGGAAAGCUGGUGUCCAUGGCAGUGGCUGUGUGCAGGGUUCCUGUUCUGGACUGUGCUGCCUUCUGGCUGCAGCGCACCCCGGCCGUGUACUGCGUGAGGCUGGCCCGGGCCUUGGUGGAUGACUACUGCAACCUGCUGCCAGGCUCCAUCCAGACCCUGAAGCAGAUAUUCAGUGCCAGCCCUCGCUUCUGCUGCCAGUUCAUUACAUCUGUCACAGCUCUCUACGACCUCUCCUCAGAUGACCUCAUCCCCCCCUCGGAUCUGCUCGAGCUGAUUGUCUCCUGGAUCUUUGAGGACCCUCGCCUGAUCCUCAUCACCUUCCUCAACACCCCCAUCGCAGCCAACCUGCCCAUCGGCUUCCUGGAGCUCACCCCGCUCACCGGGCUCAUCCGCUGGUGCGUGAAGGCCCCCUUGGCUUACAGGAGGAAGAGGAAAGCCUCUCCCUCCAAUGGCCACCCCCCCAGCAAACCUGCCAAGGACUCCACGGCAGGGGACGACCAGGAUUGCCACCAGCUGUACUCCAAACUGCAUCUCAGCGUCCUGCAGGUCCUGAUGAUGCUCCAGGGGCAUCUGACGGAGAAGAACCUGUACGGGCGCCUGGGGCUCGUGCCCUUUGACCACGUGGUUCCCCUCGUGGAGGAAAUCAACAGGCUCUCCGAUGAGCUCAGCCCUCUCAACGCCUCCAAAGAGAUUGAGCUGGCUCUAGACAGACUGGCGCAGGCGCUGCAGGUGGCCAUGGCGUCGGGAGCGCUCCUGUGCACCAGAGAUGACCUGAGAACCGUGUGCUCCAGGCUGCCACAUAACAACCUGCUCCAGCUGGUGAUUUCGGGCCCGGUGCAGCAGCCCACGCACGGCGCUCUGCCGCCGGGAUUCUACCCGCACAUCCACACGCCGCCGCUGGGGUACCCGGCGCACCCCGCGCUGCCGGCGCACCCCGCGCAGAGCUUCAUGCCCGGGAUGAGCUUCCCGUACCGCCCCCUGCGCUGAGCUGCGCGGCUGCCCCGGGCUCUGCGGCUCUGCAGCGGCGGCCGCGCCCCUCCCGGGCUGGGCUGAGGGGCGGGGGCUGCAGGCGGCCGUGGGUGUGGGACGGGGACACCCAGCAGGAGGCGGUGGGAAGAGGCCACGGAAAGCCCGAAGCUCUGCAGCACGUGGAGGUGGUUUUGACCCCGUGCCUCUGGGAUGGUGUUUCUCAGCAGCCCGGGUCUGGGGGUGCUGCAGGAGGGUGGGAGGCACUCCCAGCCCGUCCCCUCCAGCCUGCUCCUCGUCUGUAAAUGUUUGUACCUAGAGCUACAGUGCACACUGUAUAUUUUUGCAACACAAAUGUUUGUUUUGGAAGCACAAGGUAGAGUAAAGCAGCACUUCCUAUUGAAGGAAA